AUGUCUACUCCUACUACAGCAACUACUCCUCAUCAACAGUCUUCGAAAGGCCCUCGAAGGCUGGGAAAGAAACAUCGGCCGACGGAUAAUCUCGAAGGGACAGUCUCUGGCAGAGGUGCUCCUCCCGACCAUCAACCCAACCCAUCUCCAGCUGCCGGCAAGGUAACAAAGAACAAUAAUAAAGGACAACCGCGGAAAGCUUCGCAUGCCAAUAGCAAAUCACAGUCCGGAGGCUUCACAUCAGAUCAUGCAAAACACGGCAGCAAUCAUCAUGAGAAGGCAAAGGCUACUCCGAUGAAACCCGCCGCAUAUGCAGGAUCUACCUUUCAACAAUCACCGGCUGCCUCUGCUCUUCCACUGCCCAGUUUUUACUCUAAAUCUCUGCCGACCACCAACUCGUUGCCGUCGCAACUCGCCAACGGCGAAACCGUCAAUCCCCAAACUACCUCUGUCACCCCGGCCGAAGAAUCCCCUAGCAAGCGAGAAUCCACCCCUUGUGACUUUCUUUUCGAAGCCGCUCGACAAGCCAGAACGACUCCACGUACUGAUAGCCCUGCCACUCGCUCCGGUAAUCUCUCUGUCCCAAAUGGAAGCCCUGCCUCAAGAUCUCCAGCGCCGCGAGAAGGCGAUCCUAUGUUUCCCUUCGAAUUGGAAGGAGGGUCAAUUCCCGGAGAGGAUGGUUCUUCUUUCGCUACACCUUAUAAAGACCGAAUCGAAGCGUUGCGAUCGGCUAGAUCAACAUCAGGAGGGAAGAGCAUGGACGAAAACGAGCGCAAGGCAAAGAGUGAUGCUUUGAAGAAACUCCUAAUGAAGUCAAGUGGACAAGAGGGUGACCAAGGUCCAGGUGCCAGUGUUGACAUGAAUAACCCUUUUAACGCCAGAGCACCACAUCAACAGGACUUCGUCACACAAGAACCGUCUCUCAAACGUCAUAGCUCUGGUCCUUCCACCCCGGUUUAUAUGCAGGACUAUCCCGGCUAUAACGCCCCACCAGGUUCCUCACAGAUGGCUCAACGAUUUCCUCCCCCCCAGAUGCAAACACCGAAAAGACCAAUAUCUUCACGAUUACGAAAUGUUUAUGGAGCACAGAGUGAGCCAGAGUAUGCUGAGCUGUCUUCGGACAGUGGGGUAACUCCGCCAAUUUCAACAGCACGAUCACAAACACCACAACACGCACCACAGUAUGGUUCAGGUCCCAUCGGUCAACCAUAUGGUGGUCAGCCACAAAUGCCAACUCAUCGCUCAAAACCGAGUGCGCAACAGCUUGAAGAUGACUUGCGACGAGUAUUGAAGCUGGAUCUUACAUCUAGGGGGUGA